CAAUUAAUGCGAAAGGUGUGUUAGUAUAAGCGCGAGUGGAAAAACGUGUUUGUUUCAGAAUGCAAAAUGUGCGAAAUUUAAAACUAAAAAGCUAUUUGAGACACAGAUUAUUCAGAUUAUUAUGCAAAAUAUCAGACUGAUUGAUCAACGAUAAACAACAAGUAAACAAUCGUUUAUGACGCGCGUGAACAUGCUGAUGGAGAGCGCGCUGAAUCACAACAAGAUUUCAGUGAAUUAAAAAAUGGCAUGUAUGAGACCUUGAAAGUGUCAGCUGAACUUGUCCAGCUCUCCAGCAGUGGAUCUGUGACCCGCGCGGACACUAGAGGCGCCGUUGGUUCAGCCGCGCGCUUUUACGCACAGAACUGUGGCGUUCUUACAAUCAAUAUCCACUGAUCAACAUUUUAUUGCCUCAGACAGUUUAUAAUGAAUACUUUACGUUUGUAUUAUUUAUAACCCCAAUUUGAAGCCCCUCGAAGAUGCCAUGAGCACUUUAGUUUUGGCUCAUUCAAACUUUAUUCCAGUGCGUUUCGUGUAAACAACUCCUCGUCCCUCCUAUUCAUGCUACGUGAUCAGUGACGCACAGGAGACGCUCCAGACUCCAGCGCGCGCGGGGCUCUCCGCGCAUUAUGAUGGAGUGAGCGCGGCUCGACUGACACUGUCCCAGCCACCAGCACGCGCAGAGCUCCUCCUCCCUCCCGUACGAUGUAAGAGUAAUCACCAAUUUCUCGAGUCCGCGAGUCAUGCAUGCGAUGUCUCCAUCAUUGCGCGCCUGACCUCCUGCGUUUUAAAGUACAAAAACGGGGCUUUUGCGCGUUUCAUCCCCCGGCAUGGGAGAUCAGAGUGAGCCGACCAUGGUGCAGAAGUCGACAUCGUUCAGCAUCAAGAGCCUGUUACUCCCAUCGAAGUUUGACAGCGCGGGCGCGGAGGACAGCCGCCCGGCACCGGACUUAGACAAGCCCCCAGAAGCGCUCGAGACGGACGCCGCGCAACGCGACGCGGAGGAGCCCGAGCAGCCGUCCAAAAAGGGAAAGAAAUUCGACAAGCCUCCGUUCAGCUACAACGCGCUCAUCAUGAUGGCCAUACGGCAGAGUCCCGAGAAGCGGCUCACGCUCAACGGCAUCUACGAGUUCAUCAUGAAGAACUUCCCGUACUACCGGGAGCACAAGCAGGGCUGGCAGAACUCCAUCCGGCACAAUCUGAGCCUCAAUAAGUGCUUCGUGAAGGUGCCGCGGCACUACGACGAUCCGGGUAAAGGGAACUACUGGAUGCUCGACCCCUCCAGCGAUGACGUGUUCAUCGGCGGGACCACCGGGAAGCUCCGGCGGCGCUCGGCGACCUCGCGGGGCAAGCUGGUGAUGAAAAGGGGCCUCCGCUUCGCGCCCCUCGGACUCGGACUGGGCGAACGCCCGAGCAACCCGCUCUACUGGCAGCUGUCUCCGUUCUUACCCCUGCACCACUCGCACUAUAACGGCUCCGCGCACGGAUUUCUAAACCAAGGACACGCGUACGGAUCUUUACUCCCGGGCGUCGAGCCGCUCGGGAACGGGGAUAUGUCUCGCCCGAUUCUGGGAGCCUCUAGCGGGAGUAUCAACGGGUACGGAGUGUCUCCGCCGUCCGCUGCUGGAUUACUCUCAGGGCACAAUGGAUACUUCGUGCCGGGCGCGCAGCAGCCGCAGUCUCUGGCGAGCGCGCCGGGUUAUGGCAUCUCCAGCUCUCCGUCCCCGCUUCUCUCGGAUUCCCUAAGAACUAGUUUGCCCUCCUUCACAUCGCCACUUUCCAGCGGACUCCUGUCUCAACACAAACGCGUCGCGCCCAAUUCUUUCCUGAGCUGAGCGUCGCGCGCGUCCUCUCCAAACUUUCCUAGAAAACCUCGCGCUUUGUGCGUCUGUCUGGAUUUAAUUUUUUUUUUGUCUAUUUAAGACCAUGGUAGUAUAAUGUUAUGCCAAAGGCAAUAACCGUACGUGUUUGUUUUUCUUUUUUUUCUAAAAAAAAAAAAAAGUAUUAUUUAUAGUAUUUCUUUGUGAAUGAUGGUUUUGUAUUUAUUCAAAUGUUUUGGUUUUUUUUGUGGGAUAUUGUUAUUAUUAGAUGUUUGGCACAUAUUAUUCGUUUAGUAUGACUAAUUCCUUUUUUAUUUAAAGUAUAAUGUCCCAAACUGUGAAUGCGCCUUAAUAUCUUAAAUCAGGGUUGAGCGUUCGGACUGACUCAGGUGUGCGUUCUGACAAUUCAACAUUAUUAUUAUUAUUAGCUGUGUAAACCUGGAAUAGGGUAAAUAUGAGUCUAUAUGCAAUGUUUAUGUGUGGGCCUGUGUCCAGAGACUAUAGUAAAGCGAAGCUACUGAAUUAAAGCACUGGAUUAAUGAACUGUGUGUGGAUGAGUUUAUAUAUGUCAUAAAAUACUGUUCUGUGAUGACACGACAGGGGCAGUCUGGGUCUGUCCCAUAUUUACGCACAUUACAGUAGAGUAUUGCCUGGUUCAUCACCAAAGACAGAUCAUUAAUGAUUAUUAUUAUUAUUAUUUUUUGGAAAUAUAACAUCCCUGCAUACUGAUUCGCUCUGAAGCCAUUAUUUAAACUCUCUGUGAAAACAGGCGUUUAUCAGAAAUGUGAUUGUUUAUUUCCCUUUAGUUUGAAUCUACAUGUGAUUUAUAGUUCUGCACCUUUAGUCGCCAUGCUCAUUUAAUGUACUAGUUUGUCGUUUUUCUUUUCUCUCUUGUAUAUUUUGCCUGAACUUCAGUUCAGAACAAAGAAAUAAAGUAUUGAAAUAUUUC